AUGGAUGAAUUUGAAAAUCAUAUAAAAUCAGUUGACAGAUGGAAAGUUGAAACUUUUACUUUGGAGAACUGUCAUUUUCCAGCCCUUCCAGAGUAUAUUUUUGAAGAUAUCAAGGUGAACAGAAUAGAAUUUUCUGACGUGAUUUUGCCAUUUCUCGGUCCUCCUUUGAGCAAAACGUCUCCUUUUAGAGGUUUAGAACACAGCUUAGAGGAAUUCGUAAUGAAAAACGUUUCGUACUUAUAUAAUUGGAAUUGGUCUUUACUCUCGGAUCUUCAUCACCUAACAAAAUUGACAGUGACAAAAAGCAAAGUUUUGCGUAUCAAUAAGAGCUUCUCUUCGAUUUCUAACAGUUUACUAAAAAUCGAAAUGACCGAAUGCAAGAUUAAACGUAUAGAUGAUGGAUCGUUUAAAUCGUUCUGCAAUCUUAAACAGUUAAAUUUGAAUAAAAAUCAAUUGACGUCUUUAAAAAGAUCUUAUUUGCCUAAUCCGGCUACAGAAUUAAAUUUAAUUGAUAUCAGGUAG